GCUUAGUUCGUCAGAAAAGAAAGGAUUAGCAAAUGGAGGCUGUAGCCAUGGUCGCUGUGUGAAAACUAAAGUUGUAGCGAGCACAGCAGCCAUGUCUGAAUCUCUGUAUGAGAAGUUUCUGGCUCCAGAGGAGCCUUUCCCUCUCCUCUCCCAAAGAGCCAACCUCAGUGACGUAGGAACGCUGGAUGUCAGCGAGUUCAGCUGUCAGCUCUCGUCAUGUCACAGAACAGACCCUCUACACCGUUUCCACAGCAACAGGUGGAACCUCACAUCCUGUGGGACGAGCGUUGCCAGCUCGGAGUGCAGCGAGGAGCUUUUCUCCUCUGUGUCUGUCGGCGAUCAGGAUGACUGCUAUUCCCUGCUGGAUGACCAAGAACUAACGUCCUUGGAUUUGUUUCCGGAGGGCAGCGUUUGCAGUGACGUCUCCUCUUCCAUCAGCACAUACUGGGACUGGUCUGACAGUGAGUUUGAGUGGCAGUUGCCAGGAAGUGACAUCGCCAGCGGGAGUGAUGUCCUUUCUGACAUAAUUCCAAGUGUGCCAAGUUCACCGUGUCUGUUUUCCAAGAGGAAACCAAAGUCUCACCCUCAUCGCAACCUGGAUGAACUGCCUUGGAGUGCCAUGACUAAUGACGAACAAGUGGAGUACAUAGAGUACUUGAGUCGGAAGGUCAGCACAGAGAUGGGCCUGAGAGAGCAGUUGGAUAUUAUCAAGAUAAUCGAUCCCUGCGCCCAGAUCUCUCCCACCGACAGCGAGUUCAUCAUCGAGCUCAACUGUCUCACCGAUGAGAAACUCAAACAGGUGCGUAACUACAUCAGGGAGCACAGCCCCAGGCUGAGAGCCAGCAGCACCAGAGAGGGCUGGAAGAGGAGCAGCCACAGCAGUGCCAGCACAGGUGGGGUCAGCGCAGUGAGCAGCAGCAACGCCAGCAUGGUCAGCUCCGCCAGCUCCUCCACAGGCUCUACUGCCUCCAACUCUGUGGCAGGUGGUACAGCCUCAGCCUGCAGUGGAAGCAACAUCAGCAGAGCCCACAGUGAUGGAAACCUUUCGAGCGCCGCUGAACGGAUCCGAGAUUCUAAAAAACGAUCAAAGCAGCGUAAGCUCCAGCAGAAAGCCCUCCGCAAGCGGCAGCUGAAAGAGCAGCGGCAGGCCCGCAAAGAACGUCUGAGCGGCCUGUUUCUGAACGAGGAGGUCCUGUCGCUACGGGUGACGGAGGAGGACGAUCACGCCGAUGACCUGGACAUCCUGAUGUGACACCAGUGAACCAAUCAGUGCUCCCUCUAGGCCUGCAAGCUCCUGCCCAGUCCGAUGCUUUGGAGCCCGUAGGGUCUGCUGACGUACCCCAGGCUGCCUCUGCGCUCCUAAAGCGAUUAGUCACAGCAGUGUGCUUGGCAGCAUUUGCUUGUAGUGGCUAUAACUUAGCUCGACAUAAUACUGAACAUGCUAGUGCUUUACCUGUCUCCUGCUGCUACGUAUCCCUGCUAAUCGCUGUGAUGCUUCGAUCUCAGUGCAGCCUGCUUAGAACGAGAGGCUGGCAGGUCUGCGUCCGUUAAACUAAGAUCGAUCCUUUUAUCUGUCAGCUGCUGCUACUAAAACCACCUCAGACAGGAGGACAGAUCAGUCACUUUUUAUUUUGGACAAAAUAUUUCCAUUGUUUAAGAAAAUCAGCUCUUCAUUUCUCACACUCCUUUUUGCUUUGUUUGUGAUUAGCUAACUAAAUUUAAGUUGUUCUUAGAGGUGAGCUGGUCUGUCUUCCUAUCUGCUGAGCGUUGUGGCCUCAUUUCUCUAAGGCUUAGAUGGAGCACUGAACCCCUGCAUGUUUAAAUCGCUGCCCCCACCAACACCCUUCAGGGGGCAGUAGUUAUUAACCUGCUUCUCAGUUUAUUUUAAUGUAUCCUUCACUAAAACGACUCGUCUCGGUUGUAAAUAGUUGGUCUCAUGUCCUGCUUAGUGGCGUCAGCUCAGUUCGCUCUCUGUUUAUUCCUCCUGGGAAGUUUUUGGUUGUCGCAGCCGAAAGCCGCCAUAUUUGUUCUGUCUUAUAAUUCUUUUUAUCACAUUCUCAAACUCAGAUCUUUGUUUCUGAUCUGAGCUGAUCUUUGGAUUCUACAAAGUGCAUCUGCUGUAUGUUUUAAAGCUGCAAAAUGAUGUUACACCACAAAAAAAAACCUAACUCUAACAGGAUUGUUUUAAUUCUUUUGACAUUUCUAGAUAUUUUUUGUUUUGUUUUUUCUCAUUAAGCUGAGCUAAACCGCCGCAGUUAGCGCCACAAAGCCUGCUGCUUUUACAUGUACUGUUCAUAAAGAAAUAUAUUAAUGACAACAGUUAUGUUUAAAAAAACAGGUUUAUGUCUUCUGUAGCAAUGAAAUAUUAAGAUUCUAUUUUGGAAAUUUAAAUAAUUUUGAAACAAGUGUGAUUAAAAUAAAGUUUGUGUGAAUAAGGUACCAAGAACUCCUGAAAAUAAAUGAAUUUAAAAGUGA